GCUGCCCAAGGACGUAUCUGCGCCAGUGCGCCGGCGAAAGUGUUACGAAAAAAUACGAGUUUGUUCAGUUGAAGAUUUAAUGUAUUGUUUGCAUUUCUGUGGCCGGCUGUCAUCCAAAGAGGAUUUUGCUUGGCGCAUGAAAAAAUCCGAUUUAAAAUUAAAUUGCCACACUGAUGGUUAAUUGAAAUAUUUUGACAAAAAAUAUAAAAACCGAUUAAACAAAUAUUGCGCCGCUUUAACCAUAUUGAGAUUUAAAGUGAUUGACGAAAAACAAAAAGUUUUUGUGACUUAACAAAAAAUACUUCAAAAAGAAGAAGUUGAUUGGAAAAAAAUGUAUAAAACGUAAAUGUACGUGAAAAAGUGCAUUAAUAAAUAACAUUCAAAGUUUUGCAACAAAGUUGGCAACCCAUAAAAACGUUCUGGCCGGGAGUGGAGUGGUCGCAAAUUAGCAGCCACAUCAAUUAAGGCGCCGAGUCAAACUUAAUUAAAACGCGUGUUGUUGGCCAGACAACUUUUCGGUGGCUGUCAGGACUUAAUUGAAAUUUAACCAAGCCCUGGUGCCGGGAAACAAAUGCGUUGGCCCUCGUCCCGUUUUUCAGGCUAUUGUGCCGGGCCAAACUGCUGAUGUCCUUGCCGCACUGAUCGCCCACCGUAUCGUACAGGGCACUACCAUGCAACUGCAACAGCAACUGCUGCUGCUCGCGUUGAUGUUGCUGCUGCAGCAGCAGCGGCAGCAACCAUUGCUGGUGAGCAGUCAGUCCCAGCAGCAAUUAGCCGGGGUGUCCGACGAUGGCAGGUCGAACAGCACCGCAUUAAGCGACAAUUUAAAUUUAACGCUAGUACCUGGUAAAACCGUAAAAGCCACUGAGCGACAGAUGAGAGCUGCUGAUGAAGUGGCAGCCGCACUCGCACCCACACCCACACUCGCGUCCAAGUUGCAAGUGACACCUGCCAACCAAAUACUUUCGAGCAGGACGCCCUCGGGGCUCCUUGAUGCUCCGGGAUCAGCGACACAUUCUCCGGAAUCAUUGGCCACCGGAAACCAGUCGGUGGAACAAAGCGAACUCAAGAGGAUGGGGUACGCUGCAACUCUAGACGCAAUCACAACAGCAACUGCAAUUCCAAAAGAAGCAGCAGCAGGUGUGUCAGCAACAGCAACAGCAGCAGCAGCCGCAGUAACUGCUGUAGAAGCAACUACAGCAGCAACAUCUCUGUCACCCGAGCAACACAUGCUGCUGCCGCGUCCAACAGCUGGACAAAUAGCACGGGUAAAUGUACCAGCCACAAUAGAAAAACAGAUUGCACCAGCAGUGAUUCCGAGCCAAAUAAACAUGGCAAUAUUGCCGGCGAAAACUAAGCGCAUGGGGUCGCAAAUGGCCAACAGGAGUGCUGACGGAGGCGAUAUAGAAUUGAAUACGAAUGUCGCACUAAGCCAUGACUAUGUAAAUGCCACAGAGGCGUGGCCAGCGGUGCCGACAGCUGCCAAUAUGGCAGCGAUGGCAGCCACAUCGACCAUAUCGCCGGCAAUAACGAGCACGCCGUCCCGGAUUAGUGGCAAGUCCGUGCCCACGCCCCGCCUACUGGGUUCUGGCAGCGUGGCCCAGAUCCUGGCCAAGUCCCUGGAGAGUCCGCCCCCCUCCGCCACCACGUCCUCCGGUUGGCCAGUUAAGCACGCCGCCGUGCUCGAGGGCGACGUCAUCCUGGGCGGCCUGAUGAUGGUCCACUCGCGCGAGGACAGUAUCACCUGCGGUCCCAUCAUGCCGCAGGGCGGCAUCCAGGCCCUGGAGGCGAUGCUCUACACCCUGGACCAGGUCAACAAGCACCAGUUGCUGCCGAACGUCACGCUGGGCGCCCAUUUGCUGGACGACUGCGACAAGGACACCUACGGCCUGGAAAUGGCCGUCGAUUUUAUCAAAGGAUCCAUCAGCAAUAUUGACGAUGCGGAAUAUCAUUGCAACAAGACGCAAGUGCGGAAGGUCAUUUCGGGGGUGGUCGGCGCCGCCUCCUCGGUCACAUCAAUACAAGUUGCCAAUUUACUGCGGCUAUUUCGAAUUCCCCAGGUAUCCUACUUCUCGACCAGCCCCGAGCUGAGCAACAAACAGCGGUUCGAGUACUUUUCCCGCACUAUUCCCUCGGAUCACUACCAGGUGAAGGCCAUGGUCGAGAUUGUCAUGCGGAUGGGCUGGAGCUACGUCUCAAUUAUCUACGAGGAAAGCAAUUACGGUAUCAAGGCUUUCGAGGAACUGGAGGAGCUCUUGGCAAGGCACAACAUUUGUAUUGCCAUCAAGGAGAAGCUGGUGAAGGAUUCGGGAGUGGCCGAGGACAUCGCGUACGAUAAUAUCGUGCAGAAGCUGUUGACGAAGCCGCGGGCCCGAGGGGCCAUUAUUUUUGGCUCGGACCAGGAGGUGCGGCAAGUGAUGAGGGCGGUGCGGCGGGCAAAUGCAACUGGUUCCUUUUCGUGGAUCGGAUCCGACGGCUGGAGUGCCCGGAAUUUGGUGUCGGACGACUACGAGCCGGAGGUGGAAGGCACGUUGUCUGUGCAGCCGCAGGCGAACCCAGUGCGCGGAUUCGAGGAGUACUUUCUCAGCCUGACGGUGGAAAACAACCAACGUAAUCCCUGGUUUGUGGAAUUCUGGGAAGAUCACUUCCAGUGUCGAUAUCCCGGCAGUACCAGCACUCCAUACAAUAACUACACCAAACAGUGCACCAAAAAGGAGCGGCUUUCAAGGCAAAACACCGACUUUGAGGAUCAGUUGCAGUUUGUCAGCGAUGCGGUCAUGGCAUUUGCCUAUGCCCUAAGGGACAUGCACCGCGACUUGUGCGGCGGAGGCCCUUCGCUCUGCGAUGCCAUGAAACCGACGAAGGGCGCUGAUUUGCUCAAAUAUUUGCGUAAAGUGGAGUUCGAGGGCCUCAGCGGCGAUGAGUUCCGCUUCGACGGGAACGGCGACGGUCCGGCCCGCUACAACAUCAUCCACUUCAAGCAGUCGCAGGCGGGCCAGUACCACUGGGUCAAGGUGGGCGAGUACACGGAGGGCGAGCUGCGGCUCAAUAUGUCGGAGGUGAAGUUCAAGCGGCUGAGUCCCAAGCCGCCGGAGUCCGUCUGCAGUCUGCCAUGUCUGGUGGGCCAGGCCAAGAAGUACGUCGAGGGCGAGAGCUGCUGCUGGCACUGCUUCAAUUGCACAACCUAUCAAAUCCGCCACCCUGAUGACGAGACCCACUGCAAGCUCUGCAAGCUGGGCACCCUUCCCGACGCCCACAAGCAGUACUGCCGCCCCAUCCCGGAGAUAUAUCUCAAACCUGGCUCCGCCUGGGCCAUUGGCGCGAUGGCGUUCAGUGCGACCGGCAUCCUGGUAACGCUCUUUGUCAUGGGCGUGUUUGUCAGGCACAACGACACGCCCAUUGUGCGCGCAUCGGGGCGGGAGCUGAGCUACAUUCUGCUGGCCGGGAUUUUCAUGUGCUACGGUGUCACCUUUGCACUCGUCCUGAAGCCCACCAACAUAGUGUGCGCCAUUCAGCGGUUCGGUGUGGGCUUCUGCUUCACGGUCGUCUAUGCUGCACUGCUGACCAAAACGAAUCGCAUCGCACGGAUCUUCAAAGCGGGCAAACAGUCCGCCAAGCGGCCCUCCUUCAUUAGUCCCAAGUCCCAGUUGGUAAUCUGUGCAUGCUUCGUUAGUGUGCAGAUACUCAUCAACGGCGUUUGGAUGGUUAUUGCACCAUCACAUGCCAUGCAUCAUUAUCCCACACGCGAGGAUAAUUUACUCGUCUGCGACUCCUAUAUCGACGCCUCCUACAUGAUUGCGUUCUCGUAUCCAAUCUUCCUGAUUGUAAUUUGCACGGUCUACGCGGUACUCACUCGAAAGAUUCCGGAGGCUUUCAACGAGUCGAAGCAUAUUGGCUUCACCAUGUACACCACCUGUGUGAUUUGGCUGGCGUUUGUGCCGCUCUACUUCGGUACCGCCAACCACGUACCGCUGCGCAUCACCAGUAUGUCCGUGACCAUCAGCUUGUCCGCCAGCGUGACCAUCGCAUGUCUCUUUUCGCCCAAGCUGUACAUAAUACUCAUACGCCCCGAGCGCAACGUGCGCCAGAGCAUGAUGCCGCCGCGCUACGGCAACAUGCACCGCACCGCCGGAACAGGACCCUCCUCCAUGAUGGCCGCCGCCGUGGUGACCGCCGCCACGUGUGCCCAGGAGGAGAAGAUCCAAAAGCAUAUCACGCCCACGAACACAGAAAACUCGCUAAAGACGAAGAAAUUGUGCGAGAUGGCCACUCAGACGAUAUCCAGCAUAAUCACGUCGCUGGACAUCAAUGCGUACAAUCAAAUACCAUAUGCCGAUCAAUAUGUGCCAAACAAUGCCACAACGGCCACGACCACGCCCACCGAUAAGGGUAGUGGCAACGGCAAUAGCAACAGCAAUGGGAGUAGCAACAGCAACGGCAACAGCAAUGGCAACAGCAAUAGCAAUGACAAUGGCGAUGAGGUAGCAGAGCAAGUGGUGGCCAACAAUAAUAAAAUCAAUCAGAGGCAACAUGGCCAGCCGGUGGUGGCAUUCGCCAUCACAACGUCUAACAAUCACAUAUGCGGCCCAGCAGCAAUCAUAACAACAACAGUGGCAACUGGCGAAACAACAACAACAGAGGCUCUGGCGGCAACGAUAACAACUCCAUUGGCGGGGGGCAGUGUCACUGAAUCGGAAACCGCAUCCGUGCCGGCCAACAAUGGCCAUGGCAAUGGAAGCCAACGUCCGCCGGUUUUGCAAACAAACUUAUAGCUAAACGCACAGCAAUUGCAGCAGCAGCUUCUGAAGGAGCAGCAGCGACAGCAAGCGGAGUUGCAGCAGCAGCAACAUCAGCAGCAGCAACAGCAGCAGCAACCUGCAACACAAAGCUCUUCCAGCGAUACUGGCAGCACGGGCAGCAGUAGUGCGGCAAAGAAGCGAGCUGCCAUUCCCGUUUAGGCUGCCAUCAGAGAUUAGAGAUUCCCUGCAACAAUACGUAAGUUGAGUGUCUGUGCAAAAGGUCAGGGGUCAGGGAGCUCCAACGGAGGCCGACUCUUUUAAGUGUCCGCCAGGAAGAGAAUUUAUUACUGGCAGCCGUUCCACAUAAAUAUUUUCAGUAGCCUCUCGUAAGAUUACAGAACACCAUUUUAAUGGACAUUUUCUUAGGCACUUUAUUUCAACUAAAAACUAGCAAGAAUUUGUUUGUUUUGUUUUAAUCGUUUGGUUUAAUAAUUCAAUUUUUAAUUUGAGCGUUUUAACCCAAUAUUUAAUUUCCCUAUUUACUAAAAUGCCAAAAAGUAAUAUAUCCCUAUUAAUGGAUUUAAUUUAAAUAUUUUAACAUAUAUAUUCAUACUUCUAUAUCGUUUUUUAUUUAUGUUAUUCCGAGAGUUUCCCUCAAAAAAUUGUAGCUCGAAUUGUAGCUAGUCGGUAAUGAUAAAUGGAGGUCAGAUUUCAGCAGAACCGGAAAAUAUUUGUGUGGCACCUAAGAGUAUAUCCAGAUUCUGAUAGACACACUUGAGGCCAGAGUGAACUGACUAAGCAAUGUCCCAAACAAAAGUCAUCUUAUUGAAAAACUUUCUCAAAAUCUUCCCAAUAACGAAUGUGUUUUCCGCAUUUUCAACGUCAGCACAAAACCAUAAGAUAUACAUUUAACGAUAGCUUGUCAUUCUUAAACUAUUAUUAAGCGUUUACCUCUUAAGCUUAUCUAGUUUUCUAAGCGUUGUUUCAAGGCGUUCCGAAAGAAACCAAAAAAGUGAAAAUGUGAUAUAAUUUCAAAAAUGUGUUUUCUACAAACGAAGUAAACUUACAUACUAUCUGAAUAGAACAUGUUAUUCAUAGGCUAAGUGAGGCAAGCACUGUACAGUGAGCACUGGGUAAAGAGGGAUUUAUUUUCCAGGGCGCAAAUAUGUUCCAAAAGGGCUGGAAUCCAGCCCCUUUGCAAUGUAGCAGCUAGGUAGAACAAUUACAAUUGCAUUUAUUGUGUUGUUUGAGCCCAUCAACAUGGUAGAUUUAAUUGUUGUCCAACCAAGAUGUACAUAAAUUAGUAAAAUUACGAACAAACUUCUAAUUGUAGUUCAACCUUGAUGUGAAUAAAGAAUAAUGUUAAUUGUGUGCAGCUUACAACUUCAAAUAAGCUAUCUCCAAAAAUGCAUAGUUAAAUGUUUGUUAUAGAACGUAAGUAAUGCAAAUCGUGUCUAGCCAAAUCAUGGGGUACAAAAAUUAGCGAAAUAUAUUCGUUUUCCGUGUCUGUGUGUUCAAUGUAAAUAAUCGUUAACGAGAAGCCCAUGGAACAUCCAAGAUUUGAAUGUCUUUCGAAUUAGUUACUUGAUGUUUAGUUAUUAAUACUAUUGACACAACAAUACGCUAAAUGUUAUUUGGCUGCAUGUGUAUUUACGAAUAAAGCAAGA